AUGCCAUUUGCAGCCCAUACUUACACCCUCAUUUUUCUAGGGAAGUGUGGUCUUGCCUUCCCUCCUGCCCCUGCCCUCUGUUCACGGAAGAGUCAAGUCGACUGUUCGGAAUCGCCUCCGUGGAACACAACAGAACCUUCUUUUCGAAAGACUACAAAAGGAACCGCCGAGCAGAUCCUAUAUCCCAUCAACAUCCUGAGGAACGUCGCCAUAGAAAGCGCCACCACUCAUUACGUGCUUCCCUCGGACAUCGAGCUCUAUCCGAGCGACAACCUGGCUCCCAUGUUCAUCGACAUGGUUCUGCGUCACCCGAUGCUGAUGAAUGCAGAACCCCCAAAGGCGUUCGUGGUAUCCAUAUACGAAGUGAAGGAGGGAACGGAACCUCCGAGACGGAAGAGCGAAUUGGUGGAAAUGCUUCGAAAUGAAACAGCCCUCCCUUUCCACAAGACCAUAUGUCCCACGUGCCAUCACGUUCCCAAGGCCCAAGAAUGGACGAACGAAGCGCCACGCGACCCAGAGCAGCUGAACGUGUUCCACGUGGCCCAGCGAGAAGGCGACUUCAAGAACUGGGAACCGAUCUUCAUCGGAACCCGCUUCGAUCCCCCUUACGAGGAGACUCUCACUUGGGAGGGGCAGAAAGACAAAAGGACUCAGAUGUAUGCGUUGUGCGUGCUGGGGUACCGGUUCCUCAUUCUGGACAAUGCGUUUCUCGUGCACAAGCCGGGAAUUAAGAACUACACCAUUGACACGUGGAGGGACGGCCUGGUGGCCGAGCAAAACCAUUAUAUUUCUACUUUCUUAACUUCGAGGCUCGUUUCCAUCUACGGCCAGAAAGAAGAGUGCACGAUUUGA